AUGUUCUAUUCCGAGACUCUCCUGUCCAAGACCGGGCCACUGGCCCGCGUCUGGCUGUCCGCCAACAUUGAGCGCAAAUUGUCCAAGUCGCAUAUUCUGCAGUCCGAUAUUGAGGGCAGUGUCAGCGCCAUUGUUGAUCAGGGUCAGGCCCCUAUGGCUCUACGACUGAGUGGUCAACUGCUGCUGGGCGUCGUUCGCAUUUACAGCCGUAAAGCGCGUUAUCUCCUGGACGAUUGUAACGAAGCUUUGAUGAAGAUUAAAAUGGCAUUCCGUCUUACAAACAAUAAUGAUUUGACAACAACUGUGGUCGCGCCGGGCGGUAUUACGCUUCCCGAUGUGCUGACCGAGUCUGAUCUUUUUACCAACCUUGACACCUCACUUCUUUUCCCGCAAAACCUCAACUUGGAGUCCGAUGGAAAGCAUGCUGCUGGUAAGGAUUUUGCAAGCAGCCAGAUCGUCCCUGACAGCAGCUACCGUCGCUCCGUCUCCCAAGAACCUGCCCGCCUUGAAGACCACACCCUCGUUGACUUGGACCUGGGUGAGGAUGAGCUGCCCCUCGGAAUGGAUAGAUCUAUGGAAAUCGGUCGAGACGCUCCCCCGGCCCGCCCAAUGGAAGACGAUUACAUCAACGACUCUGGAAAGCUUAUUGAUAACGACCUGGAUCUCGACUUUGGCGAUGACGAUGCCCCGCUCGAUAAGAUGGAUAUGGGCGUCGAUGCUCACGACAACCUCGACAACCUUCUGCAUGACGAUGGAAUGGACCUAGGUGGCGAUGAUUUCGGUGGUCAAACCCCACCUCCUGUCGAGAACCGCCUCCGCUCAGAAAGCCCUCUCUCAGAUGCUGGCUCCGACCAGAUGCACCAGCUCGAGGAAGAGUUCAACCACCACGAUACCACUGCCGAGCCCGAAGCUGGCAAACAGACCCAGCGGGCCAAGCGCCAAAAGCUCGUGCGCUGCAAGACGACCGCUCUGCCAUUACCAACCCCCCCUGCCUAUCUGCCCCGUGACCCUGUCUUCCUCACCCUUAUCAACCGCCAGCAGAACGGCGAGUUUGUCUCAAGCAUUUUCGGCGGCGAGAGCAACCGUGGCUGGGCCCCUGAAAUCCGCGGUCUGCUGUCACUCGACUCCGUUAAGAAGGCCGGUGAGCUCAAGCGCAAGCGUGAUAGCGGCAUCUCCGACAUGGACCUGGCGGGUGCUGAAGUUCCCACCCUGGAACUCGGUGAUGACGAGGCUAUUGUUGCCGACGAUGAAGGCAUCGCUCUCGACACAACCCUGAACCAGCACGCAGAGAUUGACUUCCCCGGUGACGCCAGCAACUCGGAGCUGCAAUUCAACGACGAUGAUGGCAUGAGUCACACCGUCGAUGAUCUCGAGGACACCAUUCGUCCCGUCGACAACGAGCCCGUCUCCAUGGGCACCAAGCAUGCCGUUCACAUUCUCCGCGAGCGUCUCGGCGACUCCGAACAGAAGAAGAGCGUUCUCUUCCAGGACAUGCUUCCCGAGCAGCGAUCUAGCAAGGCCGACGCCACCAAGAUGUUCUUCGAGGUCCUGGUGCUGGCCACUAAGGAUGCUGUCAAGGUGGAACAGGGUUCCAAGACCAUUGGCUCCGCGCUGAAGAUCGGCGGUAAGCAGAACCUGUGGGGUUCGUGGGCCGAGGAGAAUGCCGCGGCUAGCCAGCUGGCGCAAGUCCUGUAA